UAUAAAAGUGUUUCAGACCUUCAUUUCCCAGACAUUUAUGAUUAGAGACCAGAGGUUUCUAAUCAUGAAAAGGGACUUACUGUCCACCCUUGCUACGGUUCUAACAGUACUCACACUAAUACAAGCAACUGAGUGCAAGUCCACGAGUAAACAGCAUGAGAUUCUGGUCGACCUGAACAGAGAUGGAGAAGGAAAAGAGAAACCACUACUCGUCGACGGUGUUGAUGUAAACAAAGUAAGCGACGAGGACUUAAUCGGUCUUUUAGAUGCUGACGAUGAAAAGUUUACUGGGGAGCUGGAUAUAUGGAUUGGCAAACAAACAUUGCGAGAAAAGCAAAGAAAAAAGAGAAUAAUACCUCUGAUUGUGGCAGUUGCUGGCAGGAGAUUAGCAUGGGGGGCAGCAAGAUACUUGUUGAAAUCUCUCAUUAAACAUACUCUCCCGGUCAUAAAGAAGAGUGGAGGAAAAAUAACCAAAAUUUAUUUCAAAAGGGGAGGAUAUCGAUCAGCGAAGAAAGAUUUUAAACGAUUCAAACCAACAAAUAUCAAACCGAUUACUGGUAAAAAUGUAAGGACAAAAAGGGAUGACCGGAAAAAUAUUGGAUGGAAAGUAUACUAUAACUGUUAG